UUAAUUUCUUAUAUAUCGUUAUCAUUCUGUAACGUUGAGUGAGUUAAAAAAUUGACAAAUAAUUUCAAUACGUAUUUCACACUUUUGAUCAAAGAACAUGAAUCGUAUUCUUUUGCUAAAUUUUCUAUUCGCAUUAACAUUAGGCGUUCAAGGCGAUGAUACUCCAAAAUUACAAACAUGUAAAUCUUCAAUUGGACACGUCGAAAAAGCAAUUGUCAUUGGCAGUAAAUUCAAAAAUGGAAAAUAUCUUUUAAAGCAGGGCUCUGAAGCUGGUAUUGAAGUCACAUUCACAACAGACAGAGAAGUUAAAGAUCUUAAAGCUUCUGCUUCAAUCACAUUAAAUGGAAUGGAUCUCUCUCCAACGUUACCAAAUUUAAAUGGAUGUAAAGUAUUAAAGUGUCCUCUCAAAAAAGGUGGACCAUAUGUAUACAAAAUAAAAAUGGCAAUUGAAGAAUAUUACCCAAAGAUUGAGACAGUAGCGAAGUUAAAAUUAAAAAAUGAAAAAAAUAAAGUUGUUGCCUGUGUAAUUGUUCCCAUAAAAAUUGUUUAAAUUGUUCAAAGAUUAAUUAUUGAGUAAUAAAGACAUAUAUGAAAAUCUG